GAACCGGAAGAGGACGCUGUUAUUUUAGGAUUUCAAACCGGAAGUGUUAUGUUUGUUGAAGCCGCUGACCCAGAGUUACCCACGUAGGUGGUCAGUCUUGGAGGAAUACUAUUACGACGUUUUUCUGUUUUCUUAAAAGUAAUUCCUUUUGCGAGUAGUAAUAAUGACAAACCAGGAAGACAGAAAUCCUCAGUUUUAUAUCUGUAACUGUUUCAAAACUGAUAAUAUUUUCCUGGAGGACUACAAGCUGCAUGUCCGCUUCGAAUCCGAGCAGCAGUUCAGACUGGACUAUCAGGCACUGCUCAGCAGGCUUGGUUGCGUGACGGAGCAACAGUUUGAGGAUGUGCUCAACAAGAUUUCGCAGGAAGUGGACAGGCGAAGGCGUCUAGAUGUGACGUCUGCUGAGAGAGCUGCUGCUAUCAAAGAGGCGUACAAGCCUCUCCAUCCUCACGUCUACCAUCUGCAGGAGUCCUACCUGGCACCGAAGUUCAAGCAGAUUGUUGCGUACUGUCGAAGCAGGGACAGCAGUGAAGAAGGUCUCGCGGGCUUGUUGGAGGAAGAGGCAGCUGUGAGGGUGUAUCGCUUCCCUGUGUUUGAGAGAAGCUUCUGCGAGGAGCUGGUGGAGGAGCUGGAGCACUUUGAGCGCUCCUCAGCCCCUAAAGGAAGACCCAACACCAUGAACCAUUAUGGGAUCCUCCUGAAUGAACUGGGCUUUGACGAGGACUUCAUUACGCCCCUCCGUGAGCACUACCUGCAUCCGCUCACCUCCCUGCUCUACCCGGACUGUGGGGGGCGCUGUCUGGACAGCCACAAGGCCUUUGUUGUUAAAUAUGACAUGAAUGAAGACCUGGACCUGAGCUACCACUACGACAACUCAGAGGUCACCCUUAAUGUUUCCCUGGGCAAGGACUUCACCGAGGGCAACCUUUAUUUUGGUGAUAUGAGACAGGUGCCUUUAAGUGAGACUGAGUGCGCAGAGGUUGAACACAGGGUGACUGAGGGCCUCCUCCACCGGGGCCAACACAUGCACGGGGCCCUGCCCAUUACCUCCGGCCAGCGCUGGAACCUCAUCAUCUGGAUGAGAGGCUCACAGGAACGCAACAAACUGUGCCCCAUGUGCAACAGGAGGCCGACACUGAUGGAAGGGGAGGGCUUCGCUGACGGGUUCACCAAACACUCCGAUGCACUGCUGAACGCCUCCUGUGUGCUGACGUGACGUGUCGCUCUGGUAUCAGCCUUUAAUAAAGACAUUGUGUGUAGGAUUUGAAAUUUGCAACUUCGAUGUCCCCAGGAAGUGGUUUAAAAAUAAGACACCGUGGCAGGAAUGCUGCAGGAAUAAAUGAUUUUAACAUGACAUGGUUUAGGUUUACAUGUUCUGUCAGGUGAUGGGGUUGAAUGGACAGAUGUGCUGCAAUGUGAUUGUUGUAGAGUUAAUCAAGACAGCGCUGGGUGACUGUAGAGAGCCAUUAAAUUGAAUUAAUUGUAAUGACACAUUUGACUGUAUUCCAAAUUGGAAUGAUGAAUAUUUAUUAUUUGUACUAUUAAUAAUAGUAAUGACAUUAUGAUUGUGUUUCAGACAUUCUGUGUUGUGUCCCAUUUUGUGCUGUGUGUAUUUAUGACUUUACUGUCUCAAAUAUUAGUCAUUAAUAAUAUGAAACAACUCCCACUGGUCAAACCCCCUGUAUUUAUAUACAGUAUGAUUGUACUGUGUGUUGUGCCAAAGAUGAUUUAGAGAUCAAUUGUGUUAAAAAAACAAAACAAAUUAGGGAUACACCACUCUGAGUGGAUCUCUUUCAUUACUACUUCCAAAAGCUAAAGUCAGGGUUUCCUCUAAGACUGAGUACCAAUCUGAUACCAGCGCUCUCAUUCCCUAAAUUUAAGGGCAUUGCUGUGGCAGUCACAAUGAAUAUAGUGGGAAUACUUACAGGCACCCUGUGGAGCUUUUGACCACUGAUAGCGCUAUAGAACCAAGUUUUUACGAGUGUGUCCCCAUUUUGUUUGUAUCGUACACAUGAGGCCGACAAUGCUGGUUUCAGGCUAUUCCACUGACCAACAGUUGGUGGCGGUUACAUGCAAAGAAGUGUAGCAAUGUGCGAACAAAGGCAGAGAAGAAGGCGGCUAGGAAAUGUGGAUGUAAACAAUGCAGGGUUUAGAAUAUUCAAAAAUUCUGCUUUGCUAAUGUCUUAUGAGGACGGAAAUGCAUUUACAUGUUUCUCAGACCUCAAGGACACGCAUGCGUUUUGUUGAGAAACAUUAGCUUGUAGCUAUCAGUGUAUCUUUAUUCAGAAGACAUCCUGGAGUUAUUUAUCUGUCAAUGACUGGUGAUAUCUUACUUUGUUCAACAUUGCUGAUACUUAAGCGUUCCUGUGCAAGGAUUAUGUGCUUACCACAGAUUUGUCAGCUAUGCUGUAGAUUUGAAGGGGGAAAAAAUCACAAUGUUCAGCACAAGACAAGCCACAUCAUUUGGAAUAAUGGAAUUUUAAUUACAUAAGUGUAUCUAUCAAUUCAUAAAUAUCCACCAUGUUUGCAUUUCUUGUCACUGUGUGUGUGUGUGUGUGUGUGUGUGUGUGUGUAGUGUUGGAAGUGAGGUGGAAAGAUUUUGAGAGUAAAAACACAAAUAUAAACCUGUACGCUACAUCUGGCAUAAUAAAUCGUUUUCAGCAACAUCAGAA